GAGAGAGAGAGAGAGAGAGAGAGAGAGAGAGAGAGAGAGAUUCAGAGUUCCAGAAACAAACACUCCCGGCAGGCAGACAGGCAGAGCGGUGUGUGUGAGUGUGUGUGUGCAGAGAUGCAUCGCUGUUGGUUUAGUUCACGCUCAUAUUCAGCAACCAAACAACAAGAAUAGGGAUCUGAUUUCGUCUCUUGUAUUUUGGCUUGAGGAGCGCAAACGCGCGCGGACCUGUUGGUUCUUUUUGGAGAACAAGUCCUGAAACUUUUAGGGAAACUCCUGCAAACUUUUACAGGAAGGCGAUGCAGAGACGGGAGUGUGUGGAAAGCAGGGUGAUGUGACCCUGUGUAAACUCUAAUGACCACCUCUCUCUCCCAAACGCACGUGAAACAGCAGCAGCAGCGCGUCCAUGUCCAGGCUCGAGCCAGCAUGACUCUGUCCGGCGGUUUGUCGGAUACUUGUCAGCUCGUUUUACACGACCGCAUGGAGCCGGAGUUGUGGAAAUAACUGGGCUUUACUCAUGCUUUCUUGGGUAUAGUCACUGCAGCACGUUGGGAAGCAAACACCAACCAUCACGCACACUUUUUUUUGGAGAGAGAGAGAGAGUUACGAUGCGGGGGACUUUGGGCGCUUUCAUUCAGUCCUGUGUGAUCCUCCUGGUCCGAGCAGACCACUGGAGGCUGAAGGACUCCACCAACUGCGAGCUUAACAAGAAACAAACGGACCUUAACUCCUUCCUGUGGACCAUCAAACGGGACCCACCUUCAUAUUUCUACGGCACAAUCCACGUUCCCUACACCCGUGUUUGGGACUUCAUCCCUGAAAACUCCAAACAGGCCUUCCAGGAGAGCAACAUUGUCUACUUUGAGCUGGACCUGACUGAUCCUUACACCAUCUCAGCCCUGACCAGCUGCCAGCUGCUUCCUCAGGGUGAGAACCUACAGGACGUCCUGCCCAGGGACAUUUAUCGGAGACUCAAGAGACACCUGGAGUAUGUAAAGCUCAUGAUGCCUUCAUGGAUGACCCCGGAUCAGAGGGGGAAAGGGCUGUAUGCGGAUUACCUCUUCAACGCCAUCGCCGGGAACUGGGAGAGGAAGCGGCCUGUUUGGGUGAUGCUGAUGGUGAACUCGCUAACUGAGGCUGAUAUAAAGACACGAGGGGUGCCGGUGCUGGACUUGUACUUGGCCCAGGAGGCAGAGAGGAUGAGGAAGAGGACAGGGGCUGUAGAGAAAGUGGAGGAACAGUGCCAUCCACUCAACGGGCUCAACUUCUCCCAGGUGAUCUUUGCCCUGAACCAGACGUUACUACAGCAGGAGUCUUUGAGGGCUGGCAGCCUACAGGUCCCAUACACCACUGAAGACCUCAUCAGGCACUACAACUGUGGAGACCUCAACUCCAUCAUCUUUAAUCAUGACACCUCACAGGUUCCCAACUUCAAUAACGUGACACUGCCACCCAGUGAGCAGGAGACCGCCCAGGAAAUAGACAGCUACUUUCGACAGGAACUUAUCUACAAGAGGAAUGAGAGGAUGGGGAAGAGGGUGAAGGCGCUGCUGGAGGAACACCCCGACAAGAGCUUCUUUUUUGCCUUUGGAGCAGGUCAUUUUCUCGGCAACAAUACAGUGAUUGAUGUACUUCGUCGCCAGGGAUACGAGGUGGAGCACACCCCUGCUGGGCAGCCCAUAAACAGGAGAUCAUCAUCCAGAUCAUCUUUGUCAGACUCAGAGGACCAAUACGCUGAGUCCCCUCUCCUGGAGCCUUUCCUCCAUGAGCUCCCACACAAAGAGGAGGAUCAGGGGCGUCCCCUGGAGGACGAUCUGUUACCCCACAUGCUUCUGCCGGCAGACAGCCUGGAGCUGCUGGAGAAAGCAGAGAGGAAGAUGCUGAAGAAGAAGAGGAGGAACAAGCAGAAGAAACAGCGGCACCGGCAUUUUAACGACCUGUGGGUGCGCAUCGAGGAGAGCUCUAUGGUCCAGUCCCCGCCUCCCCCGCUGGUCCGCAUCAUAAAUGGUUACAUCACAGUACAGCCACCUGACAGAGUCCACAACCCCCACAACUACCAUCACACAUCUUCAGCAUCGACCACCUCCUCAUCCUCUCUGUCUUUAGUCAUCGUCCUCUGCGCAGUGCUGACAAUCCAGACAUGGACUUCAUUCCUCUGGUAGAUCACUGAUUGGACCUCUAGUAAGAGUCAGCCUGAUUGAAUAUGAACUCUCACAUAUGGUUCAAUCUACCGGCUCGGUGAGGCUGCAGAAGAGAGCGGUGUCUCUCAGAGACUGUGCAGAAAUAAAAAGCAUGGAGAAAGGAUGUGAAAUCAGUCUUAGCUGUCGGGUAACACUACACUCCAUGGAUGUUAGCUCACAUAAAGUUUGUGUUGCUGGGACUGAACGGUGAAUUAUGUCAGUAGAGCACAUCUUUUACAAAUUGAGGCCUCAGUGAGCAUGUGAAGGCAUAAGGUUUCAGGUUUUGUGCAAAAACUUCAGGCAAAAGUGCAUAAAAAGCAGCUGGAAAGUCAAGUGACAGCUUACAUACAGAAGUAUUAUAAAACAUCUCACUGAUUUAACACAACAUAACAGCUCCCUAAUGAACUACAGUGUUAUAAUACACUCAUCAUUCAACAUGCAGUACCUCUUAGAAUAAAGGAACUCACUGAAGGGACUUUUAGGUAAAAGAACAUUGUUAUAAAAACUAUUACUAAUUAUCAAAUACCUUCAGUUUUUAUGGCUGAAACUAUUUGUAUAAGUGUGUGUGUGUGUGUAUGACAGAGUGUGUUUGUGUGAGAGAGAGAAACAAAGUCUAUCAGCUCUUAAACCCUCGGGCCUUGCAAACAAAGGACUCUAAUUUAUUCUUCUAUAGAAGAAUACUCUACAAAGUCGUACUGUGGGGGAAAUUGUACAUAUUGUUUCAAAAAUAAUAGAGAUGUAUUUUAGAAUUAUAAAAAAUAAAAAUUAUCAAAAGUGUUGUUGUUGAUUAUAUAAAUAGAUAUGCAGUAUAUUUUUGAAAAGGAAAUCAGGAACUAACCACAUAGCCUGUGUGUCAUGUGUCUCACUGAAAUGAAAGGGACAUGCGAUGGUAUUGUACUUUAUGUAUCAGUGUUAUCACUUUGCUUUGCUGUAUGUGUCUACUGUGAGGAUUCAUGUUUUUGUUUUCACAUAGAGAUGUUGUUUUGGUGUUUAAUUUAUUUAACUACUAUAGUUUUGCUGUAGGCCACAUAAAACAUUCCCCGUGUUGUUUUUUUUAAUAUUCCUUGAAUUCACUAUGAUGUCCACAUGUGUUAUUUUCAAGUGUUUUUGCCAAUGCAUAUGAUUAUAAUAGUAAUAAUAAAAUAUUCAAUCACCACACAAGGAUGUCUGCACAGAUAGAAAACAUACAGCAGAGGGCAAAUUGUCUUUCACAUUUCACUUAUGGCAUGAAAUGAUUGUAAUAGUAUUACCAUGACAACAAUAAAAUAUUUAUCUAGAUU